AUGUCUUUAAUGAUCAUAGAGGACGAGUCUUCACCUGAACCUGUGCAGCCACAGAAAGAAGAUCUGAGUGAGAACACAGAGAAAGUUUCAGCAGACAUGACAGACCACCCUGAUCAAGAAGAAAAUCAGAUCCAGUCCAGCAACACUGAUCACAAGACUGACACACCAGAAAACAUGGAUGAAACUAAAGGAGCAGGACAAAGGAACAACAGUUCUGAUAAAAAUCCUGAGUUACAAGAUCAACCUGAGACUAAAGAGGACGAGUCUUCACCUGAACCUGUGCAGCUACAGAAAGAAGAUCUGAGUGAGAACACAGAGAAAGCUUCAGCAGACAUGACAGACCACCCUGAUCAAGAAGAAAAUCAGAUCCAGUCCAACAACACUGAUCACAAGACUGACACACCAGAAAACAUGGAUGAAACUAAAGAAGCAGGACAAAGGAACAACAGUACUUUUUUCGAUUUGUUAUUCAUCAAUGCAGGAAAGCACUCUGAGACCAAAGUGAACGUUGUCCUUCUGGGCAUGGCCGGGAGUGGAAAGAGCGCCAGUGGGAACACCAUCCUUGGAAAGAAGAGCUUCAUUUCUAAACCGAGUUCAAAGCCGAUCACCACAGAGUGCCAGGCGGCAGAAACAAGGAGAAAUGGCCUACACCUGUUUGUAAUUGAUACUCCAGAUAUCUUUGAUGAUGAAAUCAAAUCAUCAGUUAAGAGCAAACAUGUUAAAAAAUGCAAACAGCUCUGCAAGUCAGAACCUUGUGUCUAUUUAGUUGUGAUGCAUGUGAGCAGAUUUACAGAUGGUGAGAGAGACAUAGUGGGUAAAUUAGAAAAAGCUUUUGGGAGUAAAGUUAAAGAAAAAACAGUGGUACUGUUCACCAGAGGAGACGACCUGCAGCAGGGAGAAAUAACCUUUGAGGAGUUUUUGCAUAAGGGCCAUCCUGGUCUGAGGGAAAUUAUUAAACAGUGUGGAAACAGGUGUGUUCUCUUUGAGAACAGAAAGUCGAGUUCACAGCAAGUGAAAAAUCUGAUUGACACAGUGACCGGGCUGUUAGAAUAA